AUGAAUUUAGCAUCCAUUGACAAUAUUAUACGUGGGGCUCGACUUCAGACAUCAUCAAAUGACUCGAGUUAUCAAAAUUUUUUGGAUCGUUUAGUUUUGCCUGGAAUGGUUUUUGAAUUAUCUGGACCUUAUGAUGGGCCUGUAUCAUGGUCUAUUGGUCCAGGUCUUGUCUGUGUGCCGAUGUCUAGAAUGAAACAUGGAGUGGGGAAAAACAAAAUGGUGGAUUCGAUUUUAGUAAGACAGUUCGGAAUCUUAAAAUUCAAAUGUAAGAAGUUGGAAGGAACAGACUCUACGGAUGCGAUCAAGCGUUUUAAACUCGGAAAUUCAUUGAAUGAUUUGAGAUCAGAAAAUUUCAUUUGGGUAGAAUGCCUUGUGUCUAAUGGUUCAGUAACUACACUACUUCCACUUACUCGUCUCUCAUACCGUUGUCAUGUGGGACAGUUUCAACCAGAGGACAAGGUUAUUGGCGUUGUAAUGAAAAAAGCUGGUGAAUCGUUUGUAGUUGAUAUAGGUUGUGCUUCUCCGGCUAUUCUCAAUUACUUAUCAUUCGAAGGUUCUUCUAAAAAGAAUCGUCCUGACAUUAAUGCAGGUGAUGUUCUUUAUGCCAUGAUUACACGAGCCGACAGAGAUUUAGAGAUUGAAUUGUCAUGUGUUGAUGAGGCGGGGAAAGCUUGUGGAAUGGGUAUCCUUGGUCGUCAUGAACCUGGAACUGUUGGUAAUGCUGGAGGUCGGUCUGGUGGUAUACUGUUACACUGUACGCAAGAUUUGGUUAGGCGGUUAGGCAAUCAAGAUGAAUUUCCUCUAUUAAAACUUUUAUCUAAGGUGUAUCCUUUUGAAAUAUUCUUAGGUGCAAAUGGACGAAUAUGGUUAACAGCUGGUUCUGCUAGAGAAAUAAUGAUAUUAGCCAAUGCAAUAGCUAUUACUGAACAUAUAUCAACGAAUGAAUGUUGUCAAUUAGCUAAAGAACUUUGUUAA